AGUCAAAUAUUUUAGAUUUUGCAGAUUGAAUUACGACUGAUUGAAUUUUAAAGAUAUUUAUAAAAGAUAAUGUAGCAACCAAUGAAAUAUUAAUCAUCCUACAGUAUGUCCAAGUACGAUUCUGAUAAAUUUACGCAAUAAACAGAUUGCCUUACAUAGUGUGUUGUCAAUAGAUGUAUUCAAUGGCGCUGGUACCGGUGAGGGCCAAGUAUAUCAACUUGUCAUCCGACUAUUCACCGAGACUGAAUAUAGAAACUGUUGUACAGGACAUGCAAGUGUUUUAUCCGAAACAUGUAUUGGAUGCUGCUAAAUACGAGUACAUAGACCUCCUGAAGACGGAGAACCUCCUCCAUACAAAGUACCCGGAACAGUUUCGGAGCCUAGUCAAGAACGAUGAUAAAGUUUAUGUCAGUGAAGCACAGUUCCCCACUCUGUCUGUCAGCAAACUGUAUCAAGUGUUAAAAACAGCAGAGAGACACCGAAGAUCAGCAUGGAGAAACGCAAUGCUUGAAUUCAUAUCACUGCAACGUAUACAAAAACUGUAUGUUCAACUUGAGGGGGACAAUAAAUAUUUGAAGAAAAACCGUCAUAAUCCAGAAAGAGUGAAAAUAGGUCUAAUAGGGAGAUUAAGUCCAACCACACCUCCUAAGUCCCCAAACAUGAUAGUCACUGCAAGAUCGCAGAAAUCUCCAUUAUACAUUAGAAAGGAUGGGUUUGUUUCUGCGGAUGAAUAUGAUGAACUCAGACUGGAACUGACUAAGCGGGAUAAUGCAAUUCAAGAGUUAACCAGCAGGGUCAGUGCGUUAGCCAAUCAGCAUAUCUAUGACGGGUUUCCUACAUUUAAGUACGCCAAUGAAACAGUCAAUUCUACUAACAUAGCUGAAAAAUUUGCUCUCGUGUUUGAAAACGAAUGGAAGGCAGCAUAUGAAGAUUUAGCAGACAGAGGUUAUCACGAUGAAGAAAUUGUAUAUAAGUUGAUGAGAGUUAUUAGGUAUGCAUAUCCAUUCUGUCAACAAAUAGCAGAGGACCAAAUAAUAGAACUCAUUCACACAAUGGAACAUCCAAACGUUCGACAAAAGAAUAUUUACGCUUUAGACAAGGGAUCAUUGAUACACGGAUAUAAAUCCCCACUUCAAUUACCAUCAGGGGUUGCUACGCGGUUAGCAAAGGAAUACAGGAGAGCAAGUUCUACAUUGUCUGUUCCUAGUGUUAUACAGUAUUUCAAGGAAUCUACAGCUUCUAGAUUAGAACUCAACUAUAAAACAUUGGUUUCUAUGAACUCAUAUAUUGACAAAUGUGUAGAACUCAUAUGGUACAUGUGUGUACAAGACCCAUCGAUGAUUUUAAGAUGGCCAGAUCCGGACGAUGCUGUGGACCCAACAAUUUUUAAAUACUACAAGAAAAAAGGAACUGUUGUCAAACAUGCUGUAUGGCCGGCAUUAUAUUUACAUGACGCUGGUUUAAUGUUAAAACGAGGCUGCGCAAGACCUUACUAAUCUGUUCUAGUAUAAUCUACUGCAAGGAAUCUAAAUUUAUUUGAUUUGUUUUCUCUAAAAUCAUUGUUCCAAAAAUUAAUGCGGUUUUAAUGCUUGUCUAUUACAAUUAGCUUUAGUCGUCUCUCUAUGUUAAACAAGCUUUUUCAUUUAAACACCAAAUGGAGAAACGUAAGACAAAAUAAUUGAAACAAAACUCUUGCAUUUUAUAACUAUCCUCUCACUGUCUCAAAUGUGCUUUAGUUUGGAAAAACUUAAUAUUCAGAUAACUAUUUGAUAUUCCCCUUGUGAUGUAAAUGAACAGUUAACACUUUCCUCAAGUCUCGAGUGUCAAAAUAAAAUUAUUAAGACAUGGUUCUUCAAAGCAGGGACAUUACUAACAUUUUGGAGUAUUUGCCUCAGUAAGCGCUUCGUUGCAACGAUAUGUGUUUCCUUUAAACGAUAUUUAUUGAUUAAUCAUUGUAUGUUUGAGUUAUAUUUUAGUUAGUUUAAAUUAAUGAAUUUCAAAUGAAAGUGUGAAACUUUUGUGUUAUCAUCCAUGUAAUUGUUAUCAUAUCAAAUAGCCAUUAAAGAAAUGUUCACAUUGC